AUGCAUUGUUAUCCACAAGCUGCGCGAGCAGCGCGAGCCGCGAGCCAAGCUGCUCACAAAGCUGCUGGCAGAAGAUUUGUCUCAGACGUCUCCAUCACCAGAACAGGGAAACCGAUUCUUCGAGUCGAGGGCGGAAGGUCGUCAUUGGGAGGACAUACGGCGACUGUGUUUGGCGCAACCGGUCAACUUGGUCGAUACAUUGUGAAUCGCUUGGCUCGUCAGGGUUGCACCGUUGUCGUUCCAUUCCGCGAAGAGAUGGCCAAGCGCCACCUGAAGGUCACUGGUGAUCUUGGUCGCAUCGUUUUUAUUGAAUACGACCUCCGAAACACACCUUCAAUCGAAGCAAGUGUAAGGCACUCUGACGUUGUCUACAACUUGAUCGGUCGAGACUACCCUACAAAGAAUUUUUCCCUCCAAGAUGUUCACGUGGAAGGCACAGAGCGCAUUGUUGAAGCCGUGGCGAAAUACGAUGUUGACCGGUACAUUCACGUUUCCUCUCACAGCGCCGACCCUCUCUCCACAUCCGAAUUCUAUGCUACAAAGGGUCGAGGUGAAGCGGUAGCUCGGAGAAUCUUCCCCGAGACCACAAUUGUUAGACCAGCACCAAUGUUCGGAUUUGAAGACAACUUGCUGCUGAAGCUAGCCUCUGUGCUCAACCUUUUCACGGCGAACAACAUGCAGGAAAAGUUCUGGCCCGUGCACUCAAUUGAUGUUGGUGCUGCACUGGAGAAAAUGCUAUAUGAUGACUCCACCGCCGGCGAGACCUUCGAGCUGUAUGGCCCAAGGGAGUACAGCUUGAGCCAAAUCGCAACAAUGGUAGACAAUGAAAUUUUCAAGAAGAGACGGCAUAUCAAUCUGCCAAAGGCUGUCCUCAAGCCAUUGGCUGGUGUUUUGAACAAAGCCCUAUGGUGGCACACCAUGUCUGCUGACGAGGUUGAGAGGGAGUUUUUGGACCAGGUCAUAGAUCCUACCGCCAAGACGCUCAAGGACCUCAACAUUGAGCCUGGCGACAUUGCAAACUUUACGUACCACUAUCUGCAAGGGUUCAGAAGCCAGAAUUACUACGACCUUCCCCCCGCAACCGAAAAAGAGAAGCGAGAGGACAAGAAGUAUAUUCACAGUGGCAACUGUCUUUUGUCCGUGCGAGACCGCGGCUCAUUUCUUAGAUGGUGCGGUAGAGAGACAAUGUCUGAUUUCACAGCUGAUGUACAGUUAAGUUUCAUAUGUUUUUCCUGUGGAUAA